AUGAACAGCGCAAAUACAAACAACAACAACAACAAUAACAAUAACAAUGACAAUGACAAUGACAAAAGCAAUAGUAAGAGCAAUAACAACGGCAACGGAAUCAGUAGCCAACACAUUGCAGAAAGAAACCGAAAGAAAAAACAGCAACGCCAACAACAAAUACAAAUCGCACAGUUGCCAUUGUUGAAUUACAAAGUUUAUUGGCCACAUGCAAUGCAACAGCAACAACUGCUGAAACCUCAAGAAGACUCAGCAGAAGAAAUAGACGAUGUAGUCGCUACAGAUGUUGAUGAAGCCGCUGUAAUGCACCAAACCCUAAAAGACGAACAUCAUUUACGCCACCAACACAACAACCAACACAAUCCAUACACUCAAAACGUUGAACGGAAAGCAGCACGGACGUGGGAGGAGCAACAAAUUCUACCUUCAUUGCGUCAUCAUCAAAAACAAAAGCACCACACUUUUCACAGAAACCAUUUUGACACCACAACUGAAACUGUUAUCAAAAGCAGAUCAAGACAAGCCAACAUUACGCCUACACCAAGGCCAGCUACUGUGAGUUCCGCAAAAACCAAAGAUGCAAUUAUAACCACAACGGAUGCCGCAACCGAAGACAUUGAUUCCGACAGCAAUGAACUUGAAAUCGCUGACACAAUUCAGCGCUUCGGUGCAGGUCAGACAAAUGCCGAAACUCCACCGUUAAACAGGUCAAUGCAUCGCUACUUUGAUCGUGACAGUAUUGUGGUAAGUGAUCGCAACUUUUGGUUGUUCACAACACGCGGACCAACAACAAUUAAAUUGCACACAACACAACAACAACAACGUAGUAAGCAACGCUCGGCAAAAGCUGCACAUGAAGAGCAGCAACAACAACAACAUCAGCGCCAAGAGCUUUAUGCUACAAACAACACAAAUAUAAAAGCGAAUACUUUGCAAAAAUUUGAUCAGCAAAGAAUAUCUUUGAAAUUAAAUGCAGAAAAUUACAACAACAAUAAUGGCAACCGCAGGCAAACCAACGAUAACAACAACAACAACAACAACAACAACAACAAUAGAAACGAUCAUGAUUACAGCAACGAAAACGAACAUGAAAACGAAGAUUACGAAUACGAAAGCGCGGAAGCCGAAGCCGAAAUCAAAUUGAACACCAAUACCAAAGCCAAAAACGAAAACGAAGACGAAGGUGUCAACGAAGCCGAUGAUAGCGAUGCUAAGGAUGACAGUGAUGAACUGCAACCAGAACAUAAAAGUGCAAUGACUGCUAAUGAAUUCUCAACUAAAGUUGCAGUUAAACGUUUUACAAAUCCAUUUAAAAGUCACAUAAUAACUCAACACAACAAAAACGAAAACAACAACAACAAUGGCAAUGUGGGAAAAAUACAACAACAAAACCAACAAAUGUUUGCAAACUCCGCCUACAAUAACGGUAAUGCAGCCUACAGUGAUGAGAGCAGCAAUGACAGUGGUGUGAAUGGUAUUGCCAAUAAUGACGACGUUGAGAAAAAUCAUAGGGACAACAACAAUGAUAAUGAUAAUGAUAAUGACGAUGUUGAUGAUAAUAAUGAUGAUAUUGAUACUGACGAUGAUUAUGAUAAUAACAAUAACCGUUUCAAUAGCGCAAAAUGGCAUAAAAUUGAGCAGAAACAUCAUUUAAAGCAACAGCAACAUCAGCUCGAGCUACAGGCAUUACGCAAAAGGCAUGGUGGUAUCGCUAUGAACAAUGUUAGCAACAACAAUACUAACCAACACAACAAGAACGCGAACAAUAAUUUGCCCACGACUUCAGUGAUCGCUGCGAACACUGCCAGACGUCAAAUUCACGAUGAUGACGAAUCAGAGCAUUUGUAUUCACGCUACUACAUUCCGGGUACUCUGACGCGUCAAAAGCAGGAAGAGCUUGGCACAUUUGAUGCUGUUCAGGAAACACGUCGCGCACAUGCCUCCAAACAUAAUCAAGGCAAAGAUUUAGCCAAUGCACACGUGAAGCAGAUCUUAUUGGAAGCGAACUGCAAUAUACCACAACGACGUGUUGAACGCAUACAAAAGGAUCCUUCCAAAAUUUAUAUGCCGCAUUGCACUGUGCUCUACAGAUGCGGCGAUGACACUGGCUGCUGCAGGGCUGAACGUCAGACUUGUGCACCAAAACGCACCAAAAGCGUAGAUCUCUAUUUCUUCGUGAAAGGUGUUAACGAUAGACGUGGUUCUAUUGAACGUCUUACAUUCAUCAAUCAUACUGAGUGCCAUUGUGUCGAUAAGUCAAAGCAUCCACCGGACGAGUAUGGCAGUUUAACAGCGUUCACUCUCUCCCAAAAUAGCCAAACGCUACGCCGCGCUACUAUACUCAAUUGUAAUUGCCCCAAAUUGUACGAAAAGAUUCUCCAGGAAGACGGCUUCUGCCGUUGUGAUUGUUCAUCAGGUAACACCGGCUGUGAUUGGUUAAAGAGUGGUAUGGAACAUUUCUCUAUGAUUGAUAGAAAAUGCAUACUGGAUGGACGAUGUAAGUCCCCCACAUGCCAGUAUGGAAGUUAUAUUAAGAAGCACGGUCGUUGUCCACGACGCGAGGAACAACUUUCAGUCAAUCUGGGUUCGUCGGCAAUGUAUAGCGCAAAUGCAAUCUCAUCGCACAAAUAUCAAUAAAUUGUGAUUGAAUGCAAAACUCAAUGCACCCAAGCCAAGAGGAACGAAAUAUAUCUCAAUUAGUAGUUGCGUGUUCCAGCACGACUGCAUGAAGUACGCGCUGGAUCUUUGGUCUUUUAUAACACUAUACUCUUUCCUGCUCUACAAAAUGCGCGCUGCAGGACGCGCACUAUAAGCCUUCUAUUCCCAGAAUAACGUCUGUUUUUUCAACUUUUGAUGAUCCAAUUCAAAAGAUGAUGAAGAAGAAGAUUUAUUGCUGCACUUCGAAUGAGAAUCAAAAUACUUGAAUGAGUUAUGUGCUUUAUUCACAUUAUAUAAAAUUGUUAACUUAAGAGAACCAAGAAGGAAAUUUACACUCUACUCUCAAUAAUUUUACUUAGACAAACUACGAAUUUUGAACCUUUUUACUAAUAGUUUAGAAAUCAAAAUCAAAAACAAAAAGCAAAAGAAAAAGAAAUACCAAAAAAGAAUUAAUUAAUUAAAAGCAAAAAUUAUUUAAAAAAAUAUUCAACAAAAUAAAAUAUGGUAUUCAUAUUCAAAGUAGGGUCGAAACAUAAGUACAUUUCUUCAGAUUUACUCACACACACACACGCGCACCUAUUCGAAAUUUUGACAUAUUUUGUUGUACAUACUUGACUGUAUAUAUUUCCUUUAUUGUUUUAUAUUUUGGGGUUUUGCGAAACUGAGUUAGUUCAAUUAUAUUGCAGUGCUAAGAGAGAGAGAGUAGGGUGAAAUUGAGUUAGAGAUAAGCGAGAUACGAGUUAUGCUCUCCAAACGAAAGGUAGGUCCUUGUUUCAAAUUCGGGUCUUUAGCAAGAAAAAUUGAAAGUAAUGUUUUCCAAAGUAAUUUUCUAUAAUAGGAAAAAUCAAUACUCUUUAAUAUAACACUUUUUUAUGAAUAUAUAUUCCGACAGUGUACCUUGGAAAUAGUAUUUUAAUUUUGUAAUGUCUGUAAAGCCGUACCAUAAGGUUUUGUUUAUUUAUUAAAAUAUCUUGAACUUCUGGGAAAUCAGUAUUAUAAAUAAUAAUCUAUAUAUCUGGCUUCUUUAAAUCAGUGCAGGGACUUUUGCAGGAACAUAUUUGACAAUUCGCCAUCCCUACUCUGAAGAUAAAACUUUGCCGCUAACUAAAGGCGCACAAAAAUGUAUCUUCAAAACGAGAUUUUAAUCCAGCAAAUAAUCAAAUCAUCAAAUUGUGCUAUCAAUUUGGAUAGUUCUAUGGUAAGCCGUAAAUGCUUAAUAAUAUAGACGUCAAUAUAAUUUUUUAACCAAAACUAACACAAUGGCUCCCCAUUUCUGCGAGGUUUUUAACUCCCUAAAAACCAGUAAUUCCAAUCCCACCGUUUUGUAACAAAAUAUUGUAACAUCUAUACUUUUUAUGUACGCCUACUACAUAAACACUGUACCAUAGAUAGUUCAGUGCUACCCAGAAAAGAAUUUUGGUUUUGAAACUAAUAUAUUGUGACAUCAUAUAUAUAAUCGAUAUUAAACUAAAAAAUAAACAAGAUUUCUCACUUUUAUGUUUUUUGGAAGGAACCGAUUAACACCAUGGACUUUGUAUUACUUAUCAAAAAUGAACAUAUAAACAAUUAUUUAUCUUGUGGAAUAAUGAUAUAAAGGUUAUUAGUUUUUAAAAUUAAAAUGGUUAAAGGUGGUAAUCGGAUGAAAAAUAACGAAUAUUUUAUCGAUUCUUUUGUAUCUUUUGUAUCUUUUAGAUUUCGCAGCACAGAACUUCGAUUUCGAUACAAAUUACUUCACUCAGAUCCAAACUCAUUUGCAAAAAUGUAAAUUUUCUUUAAAAAUUAAUACAAUAAGAGCUUUACCUAAAUGGCCACUCAGAGAAACGUAUAUUUCUUCUAACUGUGCAAUGGUGUAAAUCCCCUGUCUACAUACUCUCUUUUGAACAAAGCAAAUUUCUGGUCCCAUUGGUAUCCACCAAGAAAAAUCUUUCUGUCUUUGUAUUUUCUUUCAUAUGAGUAUUGUUUUUCGAUAUUUUUCCAGUAUUUCCAGUAUAUAAAAACUUCCAUUCAACAAUGUAAAUGGAAUCUUUCAUCUGCGGUCGAAUGGUGUAGUAUCUCUUUGAAAAUGUCAGCAAUCAAAACUGACUGAGAAAGAACGGCACAGAUAUGCACAAAUUUGAACUUAUAUAUAUUCCAAAAACUAUUAAAGUUCUAAUACAGUCAGGACCUACUAUAUUUUCUAGUUGAAAUUCAGUUGUCUUUUAUUACGAUUGUGAUGUUAAUAAAUUUAAACUUAUAUAUUCCAAAGACAAUUCAGGUGGCACUAAAGUCAGGACCUACCACAAUUUCUGCUAAAAAUUCCGGUAUUUUUGAUUAAGAUUGUGAUGACGACUUGUCGACAGUCCCAGCUAUAAGAACUUUUAUUGAUCAGAGAAAUAUUCCCUUUAAUGGGGUAAUAUUAUAGUCUUACGUUUUAGAGUCUAAGGUACAUUAGGUCUAGAUAUUACCUUAGCACUUUAUGUCCCACUGAACCCGGCGCCUAUCACAACCGACACUCAGAAUUCUAAGCUAAAGCAAUAUCACAGUUUCGCAUACAUACACACAAUUACACGCACACAUGUAUACAAAUUUCCAAGCUCAUCUCGUAUGUAUUCUGUUAGUAUCUUAGCAUCAAUUUAACAUUAAAUUUAAAUUAAAAAAACAACAAAAUAACAAAAAUACAAAAACACAAAACAAAAAUAAGAUAAAAAGUUCAAAUUGAUUACCAAAAAAUCCCAUAAAAUACAAGAUUACAUAAAAUGCAUUCAACGAAAUGAUUUCGAUAAGAGAUUCCAAUGAUAUUUUGACUGCCUUUGAGUUAAUUAGUUUAAGUAUUGUAGAUUUGCUCCCAGUAGCCUCUCGUCUUCUGUGCGUAUUUUCGUUAUGAUUUCCUACUCACUGCAGAUACGAGCAGAGACGUCGAUGCGAAUCGUCGCAGAUACAUGGAGGAGAAUAAGUAGAGGCAGCGUAGGUCUUAUUCUACGCAUUUGCCACUUACGGAUAGUGUGCAUACCACUUGCAUUUUCUGAGGCAAAAAGUAUCUUCCAGAUACAGUAUCUGCAACUAAUGUCCGUAUCUUGUAUCCGAAAUCUUAUGGCGAGUUGCAAAUUUUUGUUUUUUUUUACGCAUAACUCUAGU